AUGGGAAAAUAUUCUUUUUUCAAAAUAUCUGCACUCUGUUCCUGUUGCGAAAGACAACAUGAAGAUCAAAUCAAGGAAAGAAUAGAGAAGAGGCUAAGAAUAGAACAAUAUCAAACAUUGGAGUCCCAUCUUGAACAGGAAGCUAGUACUUCCUAUAAAAGUAAACCUUAUGUUGUGCCAGAGGACCCAAUUAUAAGCCCUGUUGAACUCUCCUCAAAUUCCAUUUCCAUUAAGAGUUCUAUAUUCAAAGAAGGGCAACGCUUACAUGAUCUAUAUGUUCAAGGCGUUAAGCUGAAUCCAAAAGAAAGAAAUUGCAUGGCAGCUGGACUUUCUGGUAUCCUUGAUUUGACCAACGACGAUAUUUUUAGUCAAGCAUCUUUGUUCACAAAAGAUAGUUGGAAUAGAAUAAAAAGGCAUUUCUUCAAAAAAUACCAAGUCAAGACAUCACCCGCGGAAUCUUGGGUUAAAGAAAAAUGGGAAUAUAUAUGCGCCAAAAGCGUAGAAAAGGGAAGUGUAACUUUUGGAAGAAGAUAUCUGGAUAGAUUAUGUGGCUCAAAUAAGGUGCUUGCUGCUGAGUACAAUACUUAUAAAUUCCUUGAUACAAUUCUGGACAGCAUGCAAAAUUCUCAGCACAUCCUCAACCCUGCCUAUCCCAAAAAUAUUCCAGAAGGGGACUUUACCUAUAGUAUCUGGUUGCCUCUUUUCAAGCGACUCUUUGAAAUCGACUCACAUAUCAUUCUGUUGAAACCUAGUGAAACAGCACCCGAUGAUUCAAUUUGUGAAAAAGCAUACAUCUAUGAAGAAUACAACAAGUAUUAUAGAACAUGUUUUGAUUAG